CCACCGGCCCCGACCGACGACCCGACCCCAUCAUCCAUCCCACACACUCGCUCGCACGCGCCCCGCGGCGGGAGGAGACACCCACCUCCUCCCGCUGACUUGCCUUCGCCGUCACCUUCCUCCGCACGCGUUUCCAAUCCAAGCUAAGCCAGCCCGCGCCGACCCGCGGUAGCUAGCUAUAUAAAGCCGCGGCGUCACCGGCAAGCCGCAAACCCAAACCAACCACCGCAAACAUCCAUCCCGUUCCCGGAGCUUCAACCACCUGCUCUCGCUUUGCUUCUGCGGCGCGAUCUUGCUAUCGCUUGGCCUCCGUCAAUCCGCGCGCGCGCUUGGCUCCUUGCGCAACAGCUUCUGCUCGGAGGCUGUUCUUGGAGCUCUCUGCCGGCGCGCGAGCGGUUCUUGGAGGGAGGGAAGGCUGGGCAUGGGGAACUACCUGUCGUGCACGCUGGCCAAGACGCCCGGCGGGAAGGGGGCGAGGGUGAUCCUGCCCGACGGCGCGGUGCGGCAGGUGACGCUGCCGGCCACGGCGGCGGAGCUCAUGAUGGACGCGCCGGGCCACUUCCUGGCCGAGACGCGCCACGCGCGCGUCGGCACACGCCUCGAGGCGCUCCACGCCGACGAGGACCUCGAGAUGGGCGCCGUCUACGCCACCUUCCCCAUGAAGCGCAUCGGCACCAAGCUGGCCGCCACCGACAUGGCCCGCCUCGCCGCCGCGGCCACCCGGGAGGCCCGGCGCUCCGCCAAGGUCUCCGCCGUGGGGGCCGCGGCGGCGGCUGCACCAGAGCCGGCCGUGACCUUCGUGCCGGCUGCGGAGGAGACGCCGUCGCCCAGGGCGCGGCUGGACGAGAUGGUGGACGACGCCGUGGCCGCGGAGAUCGGCGUGCUCAAGCACCGGCUCAGCAGCGCGCGCUCCAGGCGGCCCAACCUCGAGACCAUCCACGAGGAGAAUCACCUCCUGUGCAGACGCUGAAAUAUACUAGCAGCUCAUUUCUCUUCUUCUUCUUCUUCUUCUUUGUUCUGGAAUUUUUUGAUAUCAAGUUCAACAGAAGUUGGAAAGGAUAUAUAUGUGAUGAAUACCAAGGAAUUGAUUGUACAGUCUAACUUUGUCGAAUAAUUCAAAACGUAUACAUAUGGAUCA